UGAGCUUCUUCUUCGCAGAGACACGCGGCUGGCGACUGAGGGAGCAGAGACUUAAAAUCCCCAGACGCCCGGUCUUCUGGGCUGAGCUUUCCCCGCCUUCCUGUUCAGUCUUACUCGCUCUUCUCCUGCCUUCUGGAUUUUUACCCAGGGCUCAGGAAACUGCUUCACCUGCAGCAAUAAAGCUCACGUCCAUUGCAGGAAGUGCGCACCGCCUUGGCAUGGCAGACUUUUCUCCCCAGCAAAACUGAAGGACACUUCUCUCUCUGAAGGUGAGCACCACAGAUGCUUUGCACAUGAGCCCUAAAGGGAGUCUCUGAUACAUUGCCUGUAGCAAGAAACAGGGGCCAACAUUCAGGAAAACAUGACAUCUGCCCUUGCUUUCAUCCUACUUUUUCUCAACAUCAGCCUUCUGAAUGGACAAUCACCACCUGGAAAACCUGAGAUCCACAAAUGCCGGUCUCCCGACAAGGAAACAUUCACCUGCUGGUGGAAUCCCGGGACAGAUGGAGGACUUCCUACCAACUACUCACUGACUUACAGCAAAGAAGGAGAGAAAACUACCCAUGAAUGUCCAGACUACAAAACCAGUGGCCCCAACUCCUGUUUCUUUAGCAAGCAAUAUACUUCCAUAUGGAAAAUAUACGUCAUCACAGUAAAUGCUACCAAUGAAAUGGGAAGCAGUGCAUCGGAUCCACUUUAUGUGGAUGUGACUUAUAUAGUUGAGCCAGAGCCUCCUCGGAACCUGACUUUAGAAGUGAGACAGCUGAAAGACAAGAAGACAUAUCUGUGGAUAAAAUGGUCCCCACCCAACAUAACUGAUGUGAAAACUGGAUGGUUUACAAUGGAAUAUGAAAUUCGAUUGAAGUCUGAAGGAGCAGAUGAGUGGGAGAACCAUUUUACAGGGCAACAAACACAUUUUAAGGUUUUUGACUUAUAUCCAGGACAAAAAUACUUUGUCCAGACUCGCUGCAAGCCAGACCAUGGAUACUGGAGUAGAUGGGGCCAAGAGAAUUCCAUUGAAAUACCCAGUGACUUCACCCUAAAAGAUACAACCGUGUGGAUCAUUGUGGCCAUUCUCUCUGCUGUCGUCUGUUUGAUUACGGUCUGGGCAGUAGCUUUGAAAGGCUAUAGCAUGAUGACCUGCAUCUUUCCACCAGUUCCCGGGCCAAAAAUAAAAGGAUUUGAUACUCAUCUGCUGGAGAAGGGCAAGUCUGAAGAACUCCUGAGUGCCUUAGGAUGCCAAGACUUCCCCCCCACUUCUGACUCUGAGGACUUGCUGGUGGAGUUCUUAGAGGUGGAUGACAGCGAGGACGUGCAGCUAAUGCCCUCCCGUUCCAAAGAGUACCCAGGCCAAGGCGGGAAGCCCACGCACCUAGACCCCGACAGUGACUCGGGUCACGGAAGCUAUGACAGCCAUUCUCUUCUGUCUGAAAAGUGUGAGGAGCCCCAGGCCUACCCACCUGCUUUCCACAUUCCUGAGAUCAUUGAGAAGCCAGAGAAUCCUGAAGCAAAUAUCCCUCCCGCCCAGGACCCCCAAAGCAGCGCCCCCUAUUUUCACGCAGAUGUAUCCAAAUCUUCAACGUGGCCUUUGCUGCCAGGCCAACACAUGACCAGGUCUCCUUAUCACAGCACUGCUGAUGUGUGCAAUCUCGCUGGAGGUCCUGUAGACACGCUGGCCUCUUUCCUGGACCAAGCAGGAAAACGUCUUCUAAAAUUUUCUAAAACCCUUGAGACUGAAGAGGAAGAAGAGGUGGCAGAGCAUGAGGAGACGAAAAGCUUCCGUUCUAAAACUAAUCAAAACGCAUCAUGGCCCCUGCUCCAGGAGAAAGGCUCCAUUGUUUAUGCUAAACCCCCAGAUUAUGUGGAGAUUCACAAAGUCAACAAAGAUGGGGUACUAUCAUUGUUCCCCAAACAGAAAGAAAACAACCAGAUGGAGAAGCCUGGGGUUCCUGAAACCAGCAAGGAGUACGCCAAGGUGUCUGGGGUUGUGGAUGACAACAUCCUGGUGUUAGUGCCAGAUUCACGAGCUCAGAACACAGCUUUGUUUGGGGAUUCAGCCAAGAAGGCUCCACCAUCGCUCGAACAGAAUCAGUCUGAGAAAGAUCAGGCCAGCUUGGCUACAACCUCAAGCAACUGCAGACUCCAACUGGGCAGGUUGGAUUACCUGGAUCCUACAUGCUUCAUGCACUCCUUUCAUUGAUAGCCAGACUCGUGGAACAAUUGGCUAAAAUGUGAUUUCUCUUCAGACUGGUUCUCCAAGCAAAUACAAGGUGGAUCGGCGCCUGGCCCUUCCUGGACGAUUCCAUAAACUGGACAAUGCAGGGAAGCUUGACUACUGAAACUGAAGACUCAGAUGAGAGCCUCUCAAAGGGUUCCACUGCCACUGUGACCAAAUGCUGAGAACAAGACAGAAUUUUCCCAGUGCCAAUAAUCUCUACAGUCUCCAGGACACGGGCCUCGAUAGACUGCAAAUGCGUUCAGUAACGAAAUCUGUAUUAAUUGUGUUUUCUGAACAACUCACUUGCUUUCUUUUAGCUCAGUCUCUGCCUUCUGCAAUCCUGUUUCUUCCUGUUUCACAUGGUAAUAUCUGUCUCUGUGUCUCUCUCUACAUCUUUGUCUCUUUCCCUCUGUGUCUUUCUCUGUCUCUAUCUAUCUGGAUCUCUGUCUCUUUUCUUUUAACAUUCUCUUUGGACGCUUCUGAAAUACCAGCACUUUCCUGCCAUCAGCCUUCUCAGAGAGUAACUGCUAACUGUUACCGGCCAUCCUGCUAUAUGACCCAGAGAUGCCAGCAACCACUGGGGGUGACUAGUGGGGGGUUAUCUCCCUCCCACUGCCUUCAUGCUUUUCUGGGCUUGAGUGUGUCUUUGCUUGUCUGUCUGCUUAAGAAAACACGUUUUGUGAUCAUCAGAAUAAUCACACCUUUAAAUAAAAGAAAUAGUCACUCACUUCUCCAA